UCUCCCCGGAGAUUGCCGGGUGGCCGGGUGUCCCCCACUCUGGUCGUGACAGGGCGCGUUCCUGUGCCACGUCACACUGACCCCUGCGAGUGGACAGUGGUUGGACGGCAGGGCAAGGCUGGAACAUCUCCGGUGGGACAGUCUGUCAUCCCGUCCAACCCUGUGUGGUUCAGCAGUGGCAUGUUGGACGCCAUGGAGAAGGUUUCCCCUUCUUCUGGCUCUGGCUGCCCUGCUGAUCCGCCAGCUGGGCAGACCUUCCGUGUGAAGCGUCGGCCAAGAGGUGUUGCCACAACGUGCAGAGGACGAAAGCAGCAGGUUCUGGCAACACCUGUGCCUGCCCCUGUGACCGAGUCUACCUCCAAGCCCGGCCCAGCAGUCCAGGAGGUGCAGGUCACAGCCCAGCCGUCCGUGGAGGUGGUGGUGGAGGUUGCUGCAGCGUGCCUUGCCAUGCCGAUGGACUCCGCCAUCCAGGAGGGAACCCGGAUGUCACAGAGGAUCGGCACAGAUAAGGAUGUUUCUGUUCCUUUUGUUACUGUUCCUGAUGUUCGUGCAGUUGUGUCAGAGUCAGACAGUCAUGUUGUGGCAGCAGAGGGUAGCAGAGGGUUCAGGCUGGGGAAGGUUGUGAGGGGAACAUUUCACCAGGGAGAUGAGCGGUUUGUAUAUCGAGGGCGGCAGUGUAUGGCUAUAGCUUUGGCCUGCUUAGCCAAACACACAUUGUUGAGUGUGUUCUCGUGGGAUAGGUUUGAUGUUGAUCGCGCGUUGGUUGUAGGUGAAGAGUUGUGCACUAGUUUGCUUGACCUGAACAUUUUUAGCCACGAAUCAAAUCUCCUGUCUGUUGGAGAUUUGCCAAAGCAGUUUGAGAUAGGGGAGCAGUUGUUUAGCUUUAGCCACGGUGACACAGUGUUGGGUGAAGUAGGCGUGACUGAGGGUGAACACAUCGACAGCGGUGUGUUCAUCAGUCUGAGAAAUGGACUGGAGAGGAUCUUCAGUCAGUAUAGUACAUGUAUUAUGACACUGUGUGGGAGUAGUUCUGUCAUCAUUUGUGAGGAUGGAGGGUUUGCUGUGGUAGACAGUCACUUGCGUUGUGACAUUGGGUUAGUGCAUAGUGAUGGUAAAAGUGUGGUGUUGCAGUUUGAUUGUCUGGAUGAUCUCUAUAGAUACAUCUGUUGUUUGGCAGACAGUCUCAGUUCUAGGCAGAAGCUCUUUGAACUGUGUGGCGUUAGUGUCCGUGAGGGUGCAAGCCCAGUGCUGUCUUGUGUUUCUGUGGAGAGCUGUAUUACUGAGAUGAGUACUGCUCCAGUGGCAGACUAUAGUGAUGUUUCUGAGGCCAGGGUAGAACACAUUUCCUCAGGAAAUUGUCUGUCUGAGUGUGUUGUUGGUGUAACUGAAAGUCCAGCACUGUCUGGCAUUUCUGUUGUGACUUUAGCCAGUCAGGUGAGCAGUGGUUCAGCGGCAGACUCAGCACUUGGUGAUGGUAGAAAGCGUAAAAUUUCUUCUCGCCCUAGUGUGUCGAAGAAAUUAAAGACAUUUAGUAACAUUUAGGUUAAUGCAGAUGUAGAAUUUGUUAGUG